AUGGAUCUUUAUACGCCAUCACCACAAAAUCUGGUGGAAGAGUAUAUUCACAAUACCUUCGAAGGCCUCAAUCAACAAUUGGCUCUUCCGGCGUCGCAGGCCCAGCCCUCGGUCACUUUACGAAGUCGAGUAUGUCCCGGAACAUACAUCGUCAAUCACCAGAAUGGGUCACUCGAAGCUUCUCGGUCGACCGAACUGACUCGUACUUACUCCUGGCCGGGCAAAACUGCUUUUGAAGCGUGGAGAUUCACUGUUAUAAUUCGUGUGCUUGCAAUUAUCGAGCAAGCUAUCAAGGACAGAAAAACAGUGACGAAAAGGUCAGUGAUUUUGUACCUUGGCUCGGAAGAAUGGGCUGACGAACGUGAACCUGGCAGAGAUAUUUAUUAUAUCGAUCCAGCAUACUUCAAAUCCCAAGUUAUAAUUAACAAUAUCAUUGAAGAUCUUGCAUACACCAUCGGGGUCAACCGGGCUGCAUUGAACGUGGAGGCAGCAGGCAAAGGACUGGUAGCGGGCCCAGUUGUCUUAAAACGUGAAGGCCAGGUUAUACUAGACGCUCGCUCCUCCCAGGACUCUUUAAUCCCCCGUAUCUACGAGGAAGACGAAAUCGAUAUCUUCGUUGCUCGCUGGGUGCUUAUUGUGGAGAAGGAAGCGGUCUUCCAUCGACUUGUGAGAAACAAUUAUCACACAACAGCCCUCGCCGGAGAAGGAAUCAUCGUCACAGGGAAAGGCUAUCCCGAUAUCUUCACUCGCGCGUUCCUUCGUCGACUGCUAGAGCAUGCAGCACGAGUACGAGGACGGACACCGCCGUUCUACGCAUUGGUGGAUGGAGACCCAGACGGCCUCGCCAUCAUGUCGAUAUUCAAAUACGGCUCCGCAGCUCAUGCGCAUGACAAUUAUAUGUAUACUAUCCCCACCCUCCAGUGCCUGGGUCUUCGGGUAUCCGAAACCGUACCAAGGGUUAUGAAUUAUGCAAACAAAGCAUCUUCACCUCUGUCGAUGCGGGAUCGCCAAAAGGUCAUCUCAAUGCUGCGAAAUAACCCCGCGUGGGCGAGCAACGGACCCGAAACUGAGAGUCGAGUCGAACUCCAGAGGAUGUUGAUGCUAAACAUUAAAGCUGAAAUCGAGAUGCUUUACGAUCAAAAUGGCGGUUUAGAAGGGUGGAUUGACCGGAAAAUGUUUCGGCAAGAGUGA